AUGACAAUUGAUAGUUACUUUGGCCUAACUAAGAAGCUCUUCCACAAUUUUGUUGAGGAUCAGUAUCCAACUUCAUCGAACAAGUUUGUUCAUACUAUUGUGUAUGAUAAAGAAUAUGCUAAUCAAGUCCAAGUAUAUUUAUUAGAUGAAUCCCAUAACAAAACCUUGAUUUUCACUUAUACUAUCAAUCCUAUUAGUGAAAUCAAAUUCGUCAUAAACGUUGUGCUUGAUGAAGAGCAAGAUCCUCCUAAAAUAGAAAAUGUAUACAUAAAUUGGUCAGACAGUUCAUUAACACCAAGUCCCAUUAAGUUCCCUCUCGAUGAAUUAAACUUGUCCCUGAAUUUAAUCAAUUCAUUCAAUUUAAAAAUAAAAUCUAUUAUCAGUAAUCAACGGUUUAAAGAAUUAAUUGACUCGACUUCGAGAAAACAAGAGGAUCCAAAUGUGUUACACCAUCAAUUAUCUCGUUCCCCAGAAAACGAACCAGAUAGAUAUAUCCCAACCAUUCCUCCAAUUGGUAAUGUAUCUACUAGUGCUUCAUCUGGUCGUCCAGCAGAUAUGCCUGAUUUUGAUGAUGAAUACGAAAUUAAACGUCCUGGUGGUCCUCCUCCAUCUGCCAUCUUUCCAUCUAUUGGAGAUGAUGAUCUUAAUCCUCCUGGUUUACCUAGACAUCCAGAGUUGAAACCUUAUAUUGAUCCAUUGGGAACAGGUGCAUCAAGUUCUACGCCUUAUAGUGGGAUGCAUCCUUCAGCCAACCAUCCUAUAUUUGGCGGACCUUCAUCAGGGAAUACUUCGAGAUUAGGUGUUCCUCCAGGAGCUAGAUACGAUGAUCCUUAUGGAGAAGAUAACUUGGAUGCACUAGGAAGUGGGUUGCCUGGUAAUUUACGUGGGCCUGGCGGACGUGGGCCAGGUGGGAGUCACAGUACCGGUGGAGCUGGUUUUCCUGGAUUUAAUGGCCCAACUGGUGGAGGAUUUGGCUUUUGA